GUGCCUCCAGUUUCAGACUCAAACUUCUGUUUCUCCUUUGCCACAGCCCAGCUUCUCUUCUGCUUCCACCCAGUCUCAUUCCACAAGCCAUGAAGGUGUCUAUUUUCCAUCUCCUCUUCUUGGCUGGCCUUUCAGUCAUAUCUGCCCAGGAAGACUUGUCUGGAAGGGCCUUUCUUUUCCUCAACGACUCCAGUGAAAACUGCGUCAUCGUCAGACCCCUGCCAGAAAAACCACUGGAGAAACUUACCAUUUGCCUCAGGUUCUACACAGAUCUGACUCGGACCUACAGCCUUUUCUCCUACGAGACAGAUCCCGACAACAGCGAGAUCCUGAUCGUCAAGACCGAGUCGGGAGACUACGCAUUCUUUCUGGGAGGAGAUUACGUAAUCUUCAAAGUUCCAAAUGAUCCCACAAAUUGGGAACAUGUCUGUUUUGCCUGGGAAUCGACCACGGGGACAGUCGAAUUUUGGAUGAAUGGGAAACCUUGGCCACGGAAAGGGAUGAAGAAAGGUUACACAGUCCCUGCUGCAGCGUUCAUCCUGUUAGGCAAAGAACAAGACCGUUAUUGGGGUUCAUCAGGCACAUUCUCAGGAGAACUGGCCGAUGUGUACGUGUGGGAUUUUCUUCUUUCACCUUAUCCGAUGAGGUCAACCUACCAUGAUUUCAAGCUUCCCCCUUGCAUUCUGUGUUGGAAGGAUCUGCAGUAUGAGGUCAAGGGCGAUGUAAUAGUUAAGGCUAGGUUAAAAUAAGGGGAAAGUAUAAAAAUCCAGCCUUACGAAUAAAUCCACACAAAUCAUUAACCUAGAAGUAAAAAAAAAAAAAGUACUAGUUUUCCAUAGUGUUGUGUUGGAUUAUAAACUUAAUAUUUAGCAGAGAGCGGAAUUUGCUGGUUUUAUAUAAAAGAGUUUACUUGCUAACGGGAAGGGCUUACAUGGAAGAAAAUAAAGAAUGGCUUUCUAUCCUAGUACGA